UGAUAAAUAUUGUUUUUUAAGUAUUUAAAGUAAUUUUCGUAUAUUUAUAUCCGCCUAAGUAUUGCUAACAUACUUCUGUGACAUAAUAAAAAAUAUUGUUUACAUCAAUAAACUAGAAUAAGUACUUAAAAAGUUUUAUUUAACUAAGUAAUUUGGAAGGUUGAAGAAAGGUUAGUUAGUAAUAGCUAUGCCACUAACAUGUAUUGUAGUGAACUGUGGAAGCAGGUGGAAAAGGGAUAAAGUAUCUUUUUUUGCUAUUCCCAAACCACUGAAGUUUAAACAUGCUAUCCACUUGAAUGAAUUAACUGUUAAACGCAGAAAAAAAUGGAUAAGGGCCAUAGGAAGAGCAGACCUGACAGAAUCAAAAUUAAAAUAUCAAAAAGUGUGUUCCAAACAUUUUAUUCAAGGACAACCUGCAAAACUUGAAGAUGUAAAUGAUCCUGAUUGGAUACCAACCCAAAAUAUGGGUUACUCUAGGGGACCUGUAAAACGAAAGCAGGACCUUGAAAGACUGGAAAGAGUAAAGAAAAGAUCUUCCACAAAGGUUUCACAAGAGGACAAUGAUACAUUUAUUGAGAAUGAAAACAAUACAGUAAGUGAAAGUAACACUACAGCAAUGUAUGAAGACAGUACUGGAACCGAAACUCAAACUGAGUUAACCUCAGAUGAUAUUGAACAGAUGGCUCAACAAUUAAAAUUUGCAAAUAAAAAAAUUGACGAGUUGACUCGCAGAAUUAAUAAGACCAUUUUAAGUUUCGAGUCACUAGAAACGGACAAUCCGAAAUGUUUAUAUUAUACCGGUUUAAAUUUUUCUGUUUUGAAGUCAGUAUUUGACAGAAUUAAACCAUUUAUUCCAUCAUCCUCAGUAACUGUUUUAGAUCCCUCUCAACAAUAUUUGUUGACAUUGAUGAAAAUGAGACUUAAUCUAGAUUUUAAAUAUUUGGCCUACCAAUUUGGCAUUUCUCAAUCAACAUGUUCCACCUAUUUUAAUACCAUCAUCUCAAUAAUGUAUCAAAGAUUUAAAAAUAGCAUAAAAUGGCCAGAUCGGGAAAUUAUUAAAAAAAACAUGCCUUCUUGCUUUAGAGAAGUCUUUCAUGAUAAGACCACAAUUAUCAUUGAUUGCUUUGAGGUGUUUAUCCAAAAACCAGCUAGUUAUUUAACCCAGCAGCAAACAUGGUCAAACUAUAAACAUCAUAACACAGUUAAAUUCCUUAUUGGAAUUACUCCCCAAGGCUGUAUUUCAUAUAUCAGUAAAGCAUGGGGAGGAAGAACAUCAGAUAAACAAAUAGUAGAGCUCUCUGGUUUUUUGGAUAAAAUAGAACCCCAAGAUAUUGUGAUAGCAGAUCGAGGUUUUUUAAUAAAAGAAUUUUUAGAUGUGUUACAAGCAAAGCUAGUAAUUCCAGCUUUUACCAAGGGGAAAAAACAAUUGCUUCCACUAGAGCUGGAAGAAACUAGAAACAUUGCACAGGUUAGAAUCCACGUAGAAAGAGUUAUUGGCUCCAUUAAAAAUAAAUUUAAUAUUUUUUCAGAGCCACUUCCGAUUUCUAUGUUAACCCAUGUUACUGAUGGUAUAAAUAUAGUUGAUAAGAUAAUUUUUAUAGCAUGUGUUUUGAUUAAUUUAUGCCCUCCUAUUGUUCCAAUUUAAUUAAAUUUAACCUAUUUCACCAGAUUGUCGCCUUUUUAGUAUUUCUUUUAAAUUUUUGGUACACAUCUGAAGUGUCACUACGAAAAACAAUCAAUGACACCUUUGGCCAAAACUAGGAUAUAUAUAUGCCAUGUUGUCGAGGUUGUCAGUUAGUUUUGAAUUAUAAAUAGCUACAGCAAGAAAACUUGCAUUGUUUCAGACAAAAUCAAACAAGCUUAUAUUUUUCUAAAACUUUUUUUGUUGGUUUUUAAAUAUGUUAAAGUAAAAAGUUCUACUCACAGAUUUGGCCGCUAAUUGUUUAAAGAAUUAAAACUCUUUUGUAUACUUAAAUAAUUUUAAAAAUAUUGAAUUCAUCAUUUUACAAAUCUUUGUUGUGGGGAAGCUUGCAGUUCUGAUGAUCUAUUGUUGUUAAAUCGGUAUAAUAUAAACAAAAUUGGGCAUUUUUGUCUGUUUGAUUUAUAAAUAAAUAAACAUUUUGCUUUA